UUCGAUCUGUCGUUUUUUUUUUCCCUGGUUUACGAGGAUUUUGUUGCUUGAUUGAGGUUGUUUGAGGAGGUUUUGGUUGUCCGGAUCUGUGUUUCGGGCUCUGUCUUGUAGAGUUUGGUCUUUCCUUUUUUCUGGGUUAGUUUUAGAUUUAUGGUUUAGCUCGUUGUCUAAAGGAGGGAGGCUGUAGAACGGUCAAAGUUGACCGCUUUUUCUUCUUUGGGAAUUUUUUAAGACGUUUUCACUGUCGUUCAUUUUGCUGCGAUUGGGUGUCCGAAGUCUCGAUUUUUUUUUCAUCUUUGUCUGAUAAAGGGCGGUGGUUGCGCAUCACGAAUGCAAAUUCUAAUGCAGUCGUGCGAUUAAUUUUAGAUUUUGUCAACAAGUCCCGGGCACUGCUCGAGCAACCGAACGAGUGAAGUUCGCAAAUUCCAAUACGCUGCUUUUGGUGCUCCAAAAAUUGAGAUUAUUAGCUUUCCGGAUCUUCAUGAGUUCAAGAAUUACUGUAGGAUCUGUGGUUUCCUGUGAAUCGGGAAACAAGAACAGCCUCUACCUCUGGAUUUUGCUCAGCUUGCUGCCCAAAUUUCUCGGAACUGCUUUUGCAUACGUGAAUUUCCUGUUGAUUAAGGCCAUUGACAGGAGUCCUCCUGCAGUUUGUGACCUUAAGAUAAUUGGAAAGACCGACGUGUAGCAGCUUUGGAAACAUCUCUGGCUGAUUAUUGGUUUGGCCUUCCUCGCUGAGACUGGAUACACGUGACAGUAUGGUUUAUUCUCAGUCAUCAACCAACAGCCAGAGAUGCAUGCCAUUCUCAAGCAAGCUACUUUUUCCUAUGAAUUCUCAGGAUGCUGUUGUCACGGAUAACAUUGAACUUGAUUUCUCUGAUGUGUUUGGUCCUGUACCAGUCCAACCCCCCUUGGUGGUGAGUGUUGAUGGAAACUCUGUAUCUGGUAUAGAUGUGAAUGAACUCGUCUAUGAAGAUCCAGUCGUCAUAUAUAGCAGGUCGCAUUCUCUGGUCGGCCCCUCCUCUUAUGUCAAUCAAACACUGAGGUUGAGUAUGCUCACUCUAAGUGAAAGUGAUGAGUCAAUGGAUUUUGUGGAGUGUUUUGACCGAGAGACCAUCAAGGAAAUGCAAGAGUCCGUGACUGAUGCUGGAGGGAAUAAGAAACUUGACACCGUUGAAGGAGAUCCCUUGAAAGUUGAGAGUGUUUGUCUUGAAGAUUUUGAGCCUUUAAAGGUUGUAGGCCGAGGUGCAUUUGCAAAAGUCUUGCAAGUGAGGAAAAAGGGCACUUCUGAUAUAUAUGCAAUGAAGGUAAUGAGAAAGGACAAAAUUAUGGAGAAGAAUCAUGCUGAGUACAUGAAAGCAGAGAGAGACAUUCUAACCAAAAUUGAUCACCCAUUCAUUGUCCAGCUUAGAUAUUCUUUCCAGACCAAAUACCGGCUUUAUCUCGUGCUGGACUUUAUAAAUGGGGGCCAUCUAUUUUUCCAGCUUUAUCAUCAUGGCCUUUUCAGAGAGGAUUUGGCACGUAUCUAUGCUGCUGAAAUUGUUUCUGCAGUGGCUCAUCUUCAUGCAAAUGGCAUAAUGCAUAGGGAUCUAAAACCAGAAAAUAUCCUACUGGAUGCUGAAGGCCAUGUCCUUUUGACUGAUUUUGGCCUAGCAAAGCAAUUUGAGGAGAAUGCAAGAUCUAAUUCCUUGUGUGGAACAGUAGAAUAUAUGGCGCCAGAAAUUGUCCUUGGAAAGGGGCAUGAUAAAACUGCAGACUGGUGGAGUGUGGGUGUACUGUUAUUUGAGAUGCUUACUGGAAAGCCUCCUUUUAUUGGUGGAAACCGCCAAAAGGUUCAACAGAAGAUAGUCAAGGACAAAAUCAAGCUAGAAAAUUUUCUUUCCAGUGAAGCUCAUUCGCUGUUGAAAGGACUGCUACAGAAAGACCCCAGCAAGCGCCUAGGCAGUGGACCUAAUGGGAGCGCGGACAUCAAGAAACACAAAUGGUUCAAGACAAUCAACUGGAAGAAACUAGAGGCGCGGGAGAUCACGCCCAGUUUUCUUCCAGAAGUCGCCGGAAAGCAAUGCAUCGCCAAUUUUGAAAAGAAAUGGACCGACAUGCCCAUCGCGGAUUCCCCCGCUGCCAGUCCCACUGCCGCAGGAAACCCCUUCACAGGCUUUACUUAUGUGAGGCCACCGGCUUCUUUCCUUCAACAAAAUAAAUAGUUUUCAUAUGUGAAUCUUGUUUAGCCUAAGCUUGUCUAUUGAAGAAUGCUGCUGGUGUUUAGACUGUUGUUCACUACCUUCUUUCCUGUUGGCAAGUUGAUGAAGACAUGAUGAUGAUCAGUUGUUAAUCAACCUUAAGGCAUGAGUGCCUGCCUUGGGGCCUGUUAUAACUUUUGAACAUAUUGAGUUUGCUUCUAAAUAUUGUUGUCCUUUUCGUGGGUGUCAUGCGUACUUGAAAUUUAUAUGAUAUUCCUUUGGAGUGGCCGGUUGAGAACUA